AUGGCAGCAGUAGUAGAAGGCGAUCUCCUGCCCCCAACACUCCAGAACAUUUUAGAUCAGAAGAGCUUGAAAUGGAUCUUCUGUGGUGGUAAAGGCGGUGUUGGUAAAACAACCACCUCAUGUUCACUUGCUGUACAGCUAGCAGCCUGUCGAGACUCUGUGCUUCUCAUCUCCACCGAUCCAGCUCACAACUUGUCCGACGCUUUCUCCCAAAAAUUCAGCAAAGACGCAACCAAGGUGAAUGGGUUUGAUAACCUGUUCGCGAUGGAGAUCGAUCCUAAUGGGAGCUUGCAAGAGAUGAUAGAGAAUUCCGACCAAAGCGGUGGAAUGGGUGGAAUGAUGCAGGAUCUUGCUUUUGCUAUCCCAGGUGUAGAUGAAGCUAUGGGUUUCGCUGAGAUCAUGAAACACGUCAAAUCGAUGGAAUUCUCAGUAAUAGUCUUUGACACCGCUCCAACAGGUCACACACUCAGGUUCCUUUCUUUCCCCUCCGUCCUCGAGAAAGCCUUGGGUAAAUUGAGUUCACUCAGUGGUCGGUUUGGCCCGAUGCUCAACCAGAUGCAAUCCAUGUUCGGAGGUGGAGGACCACAAGAAGAUAUGUUUGCUAAGUUGGAGGGUAUGAGGGAGGUCAUCUCUGAGGUAAACUCUCAAUUCAAGGACCCAGAUAAGACCACUUUCGUCUGUGUCUGUAUCUCCGAAUUCCUCUCGCUAUACGAGACCGAGCGACUCAUCCAGGAACUUACCUCGUACGAGAUCGACAGUCACAAUAUUGUUGUCAAUCAAUUGCUCUUCCCUAAACCUACCGACAACUGCCAGCAAUGUACGGUCCGUCAUAAGAUGCAGCAGAAGUAUCUCAACGAAGCUUACGAGCUAUACGGAGAGGAUUUCAACAUUGUGAAAUUACCGCUGUUGACUGAGGAAGUCAGAGGAACAGACAAGAUCAAGGAGUUCAGUAAGAUGCUUAUUACUCCUUACGUACCUCCACAAUAG